AGCGCCACCGUAGACGUCAGACGCCAUAUUGGAAUGAAUAACCAUGAUUUUCACCUAUCUUUCCUCAACUUUACAAAUAUUGUGAUCCAGGAAGCUACGACAAUGAUGUAGGGGAGUUCGCUGCCUUCCCACGAAGGCGAUGGAGUACAGAAGUGUUGUUUAUAACGCCGCAAGAGACGGCAAGCUCAACAGACUUAAAAUAUUUCUCGACCACAAGUCGAAAGAAGAAGUGGCAAAACUUGUCCAUGCUAAAACAAAUGGGGCUACCCCUCUGAUUAUGGCCUGUAGAAACGGUCAUCAAGAUGUGGUGAAGUAUCUCAUCAAUACGUGUAAGGUUGACAACGAACAGGUGGGCUCUGUAACGUUCGACGGCGAAACUAUCGAGGGUGCGCCCCCUCUGUGGUGUGCUGCUGCGGCAGGACAUCUUCAAAUUGUGGAACAUUUAGUGGAAAAAAAUGCAGGAGUUAACAAAACAACAUUUACAAACUCUACACCUCUCAGGGCUGCGUGUUUCGAUGGCCAUUUUGAGAUAGUGAAAUUCCUUGUUGAGCAUAAAGCCAACAUCGAGAUAGCUAACAGACAUGGUCACACAUGUUUGAUGAUUUCCUGUUAUAAAGGACACAAAGAAAUUGCUCAGUAUUUACUUGAAUUGGGUGCUGAUGUAAACAGAAAGAGUGUGAAAGGUAAUACAGCUUUGCAUGACUGUGCAGAGUCUGGGAGCCUUGACAUCAUGAAAUUACUUCUCAAGUACAAUGCCACGAUGGAGAAAGAUGCCUACGGGAUGACCCCUUUAUUGGCAGCAAGUGUGGCAGGAUUUUCAAAGAUCGUAGAAUUUUUGAUAACCAGGCCUAUAUGUGAUAAACAAGAAACAAUAAAUGCACUGGAGCUGCUGGGAGCUACAUAUGUGGACAAGAAGAGAGACAUGUUGGGUGCCAUUGAGUUUUGGAGACAGGCUAUGGAAGUACGAUUCUCGGAUGUCAAUAAUCCAUUACCAAAACCUCGAUUGAAAUCUGAUAUAGCAGCCUACGAAAAUGCAAGAGAGGUCACAUCUUUAGAUCAAUUAGAUGAUCUAAUCUCUGAUCCAGAUGACAUGCGAAUGCAAGCUUUACUGGUACGUGAACGAAUACUAGGUCCUGCCCAUCCCGAUACUUCCUAUUACAUCAGAUAUAGAGGGGCCCUGUAUGCAGACAUGGGCAAUUUCGACCGGUGCAUAAUGCUGUGGAUGUAUGCUCUUGACAUGCAACAGAACGUUUUGGAUCCCCUCAGUCCAAUGACGCAGAGCAGUUUCUUGUCUUUCGCAGAGCUUUUCUCAUUUAUGACAACAGAGUGGAGAAACAGACCGCCUCAUCCUGUGGGUUUUACAGAUAUCAUGGCUGUUUUACUGCGAGCUGUCAAUGAAUUGGAGAAAGGACGAGACCAGCUCAAUAAAGUGGCAGUGUCUGAGAGAGAUACAAGUCACUUCAACAGACUACUGGUGAUCAUAAUGCAUCUUCUGUGUCUUAUGUGUAGACUGAAGAAGGAAAUGGAUCGUGAAAAUGACCACACAUUCAAAGAACUUGUUUACAGACUGGUACGCAUGGAACCCAGAGGAUCCAAAGGAUUCACACCUCUUCACCUGGCCUGCUCAAGGGAGACAACCAAUGUUGGACGCUACCCCGUGUGUUCUUUUCCUAGCGCUGAUGUUUCUCAGUUAUUGAUUGAAGUAGGUGCCAAUGUGGAUGCAGUUGACGUGGAAAGAAACUCGCCAUUGCACAUUGCUUCAAGCAAUCGGCCAUGCAAAUCUGAAGUGAUCCGCACCUUGUUGAAAAAAGGAGCCCACCUGGAUGCCUGUAACCUCGACAGAAAGACACCUAUGCAGUUGAUACGAGGCAUGUCUAUAAAUGAUAUAGUUUCGCCUCUAAAUUUCUUAACUUUACAAUGUCUAGCUGCUCGGAAGAUUGUGAAAUGUAGCAUACCUUACAAAGGCCAUAUUCCCUCUAAGUUGGAGUCUUUCAUUGAGAUGCAUUGAUGAUGAGGAGUGUCUAUUAAGUUUAGUUAUGAAUAUAUAUAGAUAUAUAUUAUUUAUGCAUGUUUUAUGAAUGUUGAUUGGUAGAUAACCAAUUUUGGGAUUAUGUUUCACAAAAGUGGCACUGGGUUGUCCUUAAUGCUGACAAAUACAACUACCUCUGAUCAGAAGUUCACCCGACAGAUCAGUACCAUUUUGAAGCAGAGCCAGGAUUAUUUUACGUGAAUUGGGAAUGUCCUGGUGUAGUCAGACAAAUGAUUAAUUAGAUAGAAAUGAUGGCAUUUCUUGCUUUGAUUUAUAUCAAUUUGUUUAGAGAUGCCAUAUACCUGGUAUAUGUGUAACCUGAUAAUUAUAACUGCAUUGCUUACCUGUAGGAGUGAGAUAUGUUGAUCUUAACGCUUUAAAUAUAAAUUACUUUGCCUUUGGCUUUGACUUUUGACCUUUUACUGCAGCAUUGCAUGUAUACUGAAGUAUAAUUUGUUAACUGUUAAUUCAUUAAGUCUGCAUAGGGUAGUGUACAAUAGGUGUAUAUUAUUGCAUUGGGUCGUGUACAAUAAGUGCCUCUUUUGUGAAGCAGUCCUUUACUCUUGUGAAUGUUGGGUUUGAUUUGUUUGUUGGGGAUAUAUUUAUUUGAAGAGUGCACACAGAAACCUUUACUAACAGAAAAAAGGUAGGUCUAGGUCAUAUUGUGCUUACUUUCAUAAGCGGAUGACACAUGACAAGAGCAAGAUAUCUGUAAUUCAGUUUUGCAUGUACUUGAUAAAUACCAGAAGAAACCAUAUAUAGCUAGUCCAAAACACUAGAGAUAUAUAGACAUGUGCCAGGGUAUUAUGGUUGAAACAAUAUGCAAGGUCACAACUCGGUAUGUACACAAGAUUUUCCUCAAUGCAUAGUACACUGUAUAAGUAUCCGUACCUGUAUGUUUAAGGAUCCUUGUACGUACAUAAUGAAUUAUACAACUGUGCAUCGGAAAUAAUUUUUCCCAGCAUGACUAGAUCUUUUAUAAAUCAUUUCUUAAAAGAAAAUAUACUCUUCUUAACUUUAACUCAUUCAUCCCUGAAAUUUCAUA